AUGAGCACCAAUAACUCUCAAAAGGAUGAAGGUGUUCCUUUGCUUUCCCCUUACUCUAGUAGUCCUCAACUAAGGAAAAAAAAGCGUAACCAGAAAAAAAGAAAGGAUAAGUUUGUCGGCCACUUGAAAUCAGACUCACGUAGGCCAACACAACUCCUUCAUGAUAACGUGCAACAUGAGCAUGAGCAGGUUACUGAUUUCGACCAGAUCGAUUCCUGGGGUAUGCUGCAUGAAUCCGAUUCCACGAGUAAUGACAUGAUAAAAAGUGAAGAUCCUUCACUCAGGGGUGCGUUCAUUGACCACAGGCCGUCAAUGAGCCAGCCUAGGGAGAGACCUCAAAGUGCGUCAAGUACUGUCCAGCCACAACCAAUAAUGAAGUUCUCAGCGCCCAGUUACAAGAAAGCCACAGGAUUGAGACCAUCCGAUCCGAAUAGAUCGUUGGUGUCGGAUUUAUCUCCUUCUGAGUUGGAAUCAUGGUUGAAAAGAAGAAAAUCUGUCCACAAAAGUUUUGCAGAUGAAAACUCUCCCAAUGAUAGAAAACAAUCGAACGCGAACAAUGAUGUUGUAAUCGAUGUCGAUGCGUUAAUGCACCACGUCAACAAUAACACAAGUAAUGGAGUUAACGAUAACAGCAAGAGUAGAAAGAAAAAGAGAGGUUCUGACGAUGGUAGUAACGAAAAUUCCAAGCACACGUCCAGUGAUACAAACGAUGAGGAAGAUGAGUACAAUUCAAGGCCAUCAUCUAGCCUUUCUUCGAAUAAUUCUUCCCUGGAUGAUGUUUGUUUAGUACUUGAUGAUGAGGGUAGCGAAGUGCCUAAAGUUUGGCCUGAUUGUACUGUUUUGGAAGAAUUUUCUAAAGAAGAAACGGAGAGACUUAGAAGUCAAGCUAUUCAAGAUGCUGAAGCGUUCCACUUUCAAUACGAUGAAGAUGAAGAUGAUGGUACGUCAAAUGAAGACGGAAUUCUUUUUUCGAAGCCAAUCGUGACUAAUAUUGAUGUCCCUGAAUUAGGUAAUAGGAGGGUUAAUGAAACAGAAAAUUUGAAGAAUGGCCGUUUAAGGCCUAAAAGAAUUGCGCCAUGGCAUUUGAUUCAACGGCCAAUGGUUUUGGGAUCUAACUCAACAAAGGAUUCAAAAUCAAGGAUUCAAAGCGGAUUGCAGGAUAAUUUACUGGUUGGAAGGAAUAUACAAUAUCCUCCACACAUUAUAUCCAAUAACCCAGAACACUUUAGAUUUACUUAUUUUAGGGUAGAUUUAGACUCCACUGUUCAUUCUCCCACGAUAUCUGGACUAUUACAACCUGGCCAAAAAUUCCAAGAUUUGUUUGUGGCUUCAAUAUACUCCCAAGAUAAUAGCGCCGGUCAUAUUAGGACACAUCCAAAUUCUCCAACACCCGGUAUUAAAGCAGAAACUAUAUCUCAACUACAAGGAUUAACAGCUAAAAACCCUUCUACGUUAUCAUCUAUGUCUGUAGCAAAUAUAGAAGAUGUUCCUCCGUUCUGGUUGGAUGUCAGUAAUCCUACUGAAGAAGAGAUGAAGAUACUAAGUAAAGCAUUUGGAAUCCACCCUUUAACUACCGAGGAUAUUUUUUUGGGAGAAGUUCGUGAAAAAGUUGAACUAUUUAGAGAUUAUUAUUUGAUUUGUUUCAGAAGUUUUGACAUAGUGGCAGAAAAGCAUGUCCGUCGUAGAAAAAAGGAAAAGCAAGAGUCUGCUACACUGGAUCACGAAAGUAUCUCACGCCGUAAAUCGCAAGCUUAUGGAGCUACGAUGUCAAAUGAUUCAAACGCGAAUAAUAACAAUACCAGCAAUGUCAAUAGAAGCAAGUGGCUUCCAUCAAUUUUACGUUCUCGCCGUCGGUCGUCUGCCAAUAGAACAAUCAACACGUCCUCAUCAAGCUACAAGCGUCGUGUUAAGAGUGAAAAGAAGAAGAUGGAAGAAAAUGAAAAAUUCAAAAGGAAAUCAGGAGAUAGGCACAAACCACGUGAGGGCGAAUUGGAGCCACUAAAUGUUUACAUUAUUGUUUUCAGAACAGGUGUGUUGACGUUUCAUUUUGCCCCCACUCCACACCCUAUUAAUGUUCGUAGAAGAGCAAGAUUGCUGAAGGAUUAUCUUAAUGUCACGUCUGACUGGAUUGCUUAUGCGUUAAUCGAUGAUAUCACAGACGCAUUCGCGCCUAUGAUAGAACUUAUCGAGGACGAAGUUUAUGAGAUUGAGGAUGCUAUUUUGAAGAUGCAUCAGUCAGAUGAUUCUAGUGAUAGCGACUCUAGUGAUAGCGACUCUAGUGAUAGCGACUCGGACUAUGGUGCUAGUGAUGAGGAUGCAUUUCCUUUCGAUGUGUACUCUAAGAAGACGACAUAUUCUAGUGCGAAAUCUAGUGUGAGUUCAAGAAGUAUGAGCACUUCUGAAACGUCCUUUAAUGCAAAUUUAAUAGGGUGGAAGAGAAAAGGUGAUAUGUUGAGGAGGAUUGGCGAAUGCCGUAAGAGAGUGAUGAGUAUACUAAGAUUAUUGGGUUCUAAAGCAGAUGUUAUCAAAGGAUUUGCUAAGAGGUAUAAUGAACAGUGGGAAGCUUCGCCACAAUCUGAAAUUGCAAUGUAUUUAGGCGAUAUUCAAGAUCAUAUUGUUACUAUGGUAUCCUCUCUAAACCACUAUGAAAAACUCUUGAGCAGGUCGCAUUCAAAUUAUUUGGCACAGAUCAACAUUGAUAUGACAAAGGUCAAUAAUGAUAUGAACGAUGUCUUGGGGAAAAUUACUAUACUGGGUACUAUUGUUUUGCCAAUGAACGUUAUCACGGGUUUGUGGGGUAUGAAUGUUAUUGUGCCUGGACAAUAUAGGGAUUCAUUGACAUGGUUUAUAGGAAUUGUGCUCUUUAUGUGUAUGCUAGCAUGCUCUGCUUAUAUGUAUACGAAGAGAAGAUUCGGGUUUUAA